CUGAGUGAGAACAAGAGAGAGCCACAGUCCCGCUGCCCAAGACCCCCAGGCCAGCCCGCAGACGGCUCUGCAGCAUGUGGGAGCUCCGGUCCAUCGCCUUCUCCAGGGCUGUGUUUGCGGAGUUCCUGGCCACACUCCUGUUCGUCUUCUUCGGCCUCGGCUCGGCCCUCAACUGGCCACAGGCCCUGCCCUCAGUGCUGCAGAUUGCCAUGGCUUUCGGCCUGGGUAUAGGCACUCUGGUGCAGACUGUGGGCCAUGUCAGCGGGGCCCACAUCAACCCUGCCGUGACGGUGGCCUGCCUGGUGGGCUGCCAAGUCUCCUUUCUCCGAGCUGCCUUCUACGUGGCUGCUCAGCUGCUGGGGGCCGUGGCAGGGGCUGCCAUCCUCCAUGAGAUCACUCCACCAGACAUCCGUGGGGACCUGGCGGUCAACGCACUCAGCAACAACACAACAGCUGGCCAGGCCGUAACUGUGGAGCUCUUCCUGACCCUGCAGCUGGUGCUCUGCAUCUUUGCCUCCACCGACGAGCGCCGCGCUGAAAACUCGGGCACCCCUGCGCUCUCUAUCGGCUUCUCUGUGGCCCUGGGCCACCUCCUUGGGAUAUACUACACUGGCUGCUCCAUGAAUCCUGCUCGCUCCCUGGCUCCGGCCGUCAUCACCGGCAAGUUUGAUGACCACUGGGUAAUGGCCGAACCCCCCCCCUCCCAAAUCCAUCUCAGAGGGAGAACAAGGGUUCCAGGACCACAAGAUUGGGCCAGGGUCUUCUGGAUCGGACCCCUGGUCGGCGCCGUCUUGGGCUCCCUCCUCUACAACUACGUCCUGUUCCCCCCGGUCAAGAGCCUGUCGGAGCGCCUGGCGACGCUGAAGGGUCUGGAGCCCGACACCGACUGGGAGGAGCGCGAGGCGCGGCGGCGGCAGUCGGUGGAGCUGCACUCGCCGCAGAGCCUGCCGCGGGGCAGCAAGGCCUGAGCGCCCGCGCGGGCCCGGGCCUCGAAGGUCCCCGGACGGAGGCUCAGAGGAGCUGGGAGUGACCGCCUGGGGGGCCGGAGGUGGCGCCCUGGGCUCAGGGGCACCCGCCAGCCCCGCCGGGACCCAGCCGGAGACGGAAGCACCCACCCCGUUCCUCCUCUCCUCCAGCACCGAAGCUGGUCUCCAGGGCAGAGUAGCUGCUUCCGGACGUGCAGCCGCCGUGGGCCGGCGGGAGGGCGGCCCGGUCCGAGAGGAAAGCACAGGGGGCUGCUGGGGUAACGGGGAGCCUGUCAGAUGCCCUGCGCUGAGGCUACAGGCGGCGAGUAGUCACCUCUCUGCACCCUGAAAGGGGGGAGCUGGGGACUUUGGGGACCCAGCUGGGGAGAGAGGGAGGGCCGGCAGAAAGCAGGAGGCUCUAGAGAGCCUGGACCGCGGCCUUGGUACGUCUGGAAAUGAUCCUUCCGGUUUUGCUGUGUGCAAGUAUGUGUCCAUCCCUGAGUGUCUCCCAGUUCCCGAGUGCAGGGUUGUGCAUGCUCCUGAGUGUGAGCAGGUGCACCUAGUGGUGGCACAAUUGUGCAUGCUGGAGACCUCUCACUCCCCCAUUGUCCCUUUGACCUCUUCCUCCCCCACCAGCGAUAAAUCCCCUUCUUCUGCAGUGGAUGAGUCCUUGCUCCCUGUGAGUCCCAGGGGCUCUAAGGAAGUGCUCCCCAGGAGAAGGGGAAGGGCUGGGUCUGAGAGGGCUGAAGGGAGAGCCCUGAUUUCCAAUCCCUGCCCUGCCCCUCCUGGAAAUUUCCCUUUCCUCAGGCUGCAGCCCCGGGUCCCAAGACAUGUCAGGAUCCAUGGGCUGAAGCAGAGGUGCCAACCAGAGUACAGCUCCCCCAGAAGUGGCCUCUGGGAGAAAAGGAGGGCUGGGUGGCCAAGGACAUCCUUUCUGCCCUGAGGAAGCACCUCUCCAAAAGGAGAAGCAGGCAUAUGUGUGUAUGCCUACAUGUGUGUGUGCACAAGACCCCCAUCUCCAGGGAGGAGGGCCAGACCCAGAGAUUAACCUCCCGCUGCAGCAGAGAAAGCAAAAGCCUUUUGUGGGCCCCUAGCCUUUGUCUUGAGAAAGGGGGAGAUUUGCAACUAGACACUUCUUGAAAGGAGACACUGGUUUCACAACUGAGCUCAGCACACACCUCCAGCUGGCUGGGCAAGGCACUCAGGCACACAGCCGCGGGCAGCGGGCAACACCCCUCCAUCCCCCACCCCUCUCCCAGGCAGCAACGACUCCUUGCCAGGACUCUCUGUUCCCCUCCCUUCCUCCUCUCAGCCCCAGAGUUCCUCCCCUGCUCCCCAGCUCCCACCCUGGACACUGGAUAGUGUUGAGAGAGCAGCCUGGCACUCACAGGACCAACCCAUACACCAGAGAAGAGAAAUGACUUGUCCAGGUAGAGGCAGGUCUGAAUCUAGAACCCAGGCUUCUAAAUUUCCAGGCCAGUGCAGUUGUUCUCGAUAAUUAAGUGAGAUGAUGCAUGUAAAAAUGCUGUGUGAACUGUAAAUCCUAAUACCACUAUCAUGCAUCAUUAGGAUCAUUUUCAUUAUUUAUGCUUCCGGGGAGUGGAGAAUGCAGAAGUGGCCUGGCCCUUGGCCUCCUUUACCUGAGUCAGUGGUCAAAGCCAAAGAGAGCCCUGGGAGCCCCACAGUUAAGACAGAAAAAACCUGGUUUGGGGCUGACCCUAUCCUUGUCCAGCCUCUUGACCUCUCCUCACUCCAAGCUCAUGCUGACUAUUCUCCCAGCUCCCUCCUCCCACCCCCCAGACUGUCCAUUCUCUCCCUCUCUCCAGCCUGCUGCAUAACUAACCUAAGAUCACACCUUGAGCUCCACCCCCCACCCCCGCACUCUCUGUCACCUCCAUGUUUUCAAGGCUUUUGCACAAGCAAUGGAGCAAAGGUGACCUGAGCACCCACUGUGCACCAAGCACCGAAUCUCCAGCCCCUGCCUCCCCUCGAUUCCCUUCAGAGUUGCAAUGCAUAUAAAGACCAUCUUUGUAAUGGCACUCCUACCCCCAUCCCCACUGACACCUUCCCCUUCUCCUCUAUGAUCUUGACCAUCUUCCUUGACUUUCCCUGUGGGGUCAGAAAAGGACUGCCCUGGGCCAUGGGCACUAUGAAGAUGACUCCCAAGCCCAGGACAGCUGGUGACCCACCUGGUCCCGCUGUGGGGGGACGGGGUCUAUCAGGGCCAAAGUGACCUCCGGGGCUGAGCUCCUGGUAGCAGCGUGUCCUUGCUCUGGAGUUCAAAGACAGCAAGGCACUGAGCUGUGAGCCCAGCCUGGGUGUGCCUCAGGCACCUCAUCCCCGCCUGGCCUCACUCCAGCAGACUCCCCUAGCAGGUGCCAAGCAGUUCUCUCAAUGCUCUGCUUUCUGGAUUUCAUCUCCCCCAAAACUAAAUGUUCCCAGCCCCUAUUGCCCAGAUUGAGGCACUGAGGUCAGUGGUUGAAGCAGGAUUCAAAGCGAUGGAGAUGGAGGAGAACUGACACACAUUGAGCAUCUCUUAUAGACCAGCCAGUGUGCUUCGUGCUUUAUAUUUUCCUAUCUACAAAGCACUCCCUUAUCAUCUCCUGUGAUUAUCUCCCAACCCUGUGAGAUAAGCAGAGCAAAUAUUAUUCUUUCCAUUUUAUAGAUUAAGAAAUGGAGGUUAAGAGACUGGUCUAAAAUCACACAGCUACUGUGUAGUGGAGCCAAGACUUGAACUCAGGCCUUCUUAUUCAAAUCCUAUGAGCUUUAUAUUUGGAAACCAGGAAAGACCAGGUCUGUACUGAGGCAAGUCCUAGACUCCUGCUGGGAGCCCCUGGCAGAAACCAGAGCACAUAACUGCACCCACUGUCUUGAGGGCAUAGAGCCUUGGAUAGGGAAGUGACGGGGUAGAGAGGAAAUGACAAAGAACAUCGGAUGGGCUUCUGCCCUUGAAGAGCUCCCAGUCUGCAGAAGGGUAGAGGUCAGACCCACUCCAAACCAGACAGAGGAAGGUAGACAGACCUCCAGGUCCCUAGGCUGGGGACAGAAAAGACUGAGGUGAAGGGAGGAGGAGGCUGACCACUGGGUCCCAGCAGCAUCCAUUCCCACUUUGUGCCAAAUGACUUUGCACCUGAAAAUGUUGCUUUGAUGUUGUUUUAUAUCUUUAAGAUAUGAGUUUGUAUGUGUACAAUGGCUCCCAGACUGUAAGCCUUUUAGGGGCAGGGCUUCUUCCAGUUCUUUGAUGGCCUUCUCCUAUCUGUUUUCUCUCAUCUGUCUUGUCUAGCACAGUAUUCGGCAUAUAGUAAGCACUCAAUAAAUGUUCACUUGC